GUCGCGCUUUAUUUCCACGGGGUUAGGCUUCUUAUAGUGUUUUUAUUCAAUGGUAUAACAUAGGUCUAUUAUAAGGUGUUUCUGUUCUUGUUUUGCCCUUUUGUUGUUUUUUUAGUUCCUAUGGCGUCUCCAAAUAAUACAUGGACUGUGGUGUGUUUCACCAAUGAUGAAACGGUGGAGGCAGUUCCGACAAAAUGGUUAAGUGGAGAUCAGUGCUUAUGGCCAGUGGUAACUAGAGACAAAUUAAAUACCUACAUAAGAAAAUGUGAAUUUAAUUCAUGUUGGCCAUCACACACUGUGAGAACAUUUCGGAAUGCAACAUAUGAUAAUUACUCUGUUGCGAGGAGCAAAGCUAAUAAAGCUGAAAAUACAAGUGACCUGAACACAGAUUGUGAUGAUGGUCCUUUAUCAGGAAAAAGGAAAAGAAAGAAAAAAGUGAUCUCUUCAUCUUCAGACGACUCAUCAGACACUGAAUCUAUGAAUGAGAAGCGGGCCAAUAAAGGUAAAAUGCCUUCUCCACCAGCAUGGACUGAUGAUGAACAUCGGACUCACAAAGAUUCACAUCAGUUAGCUGAACCAGAAGCAUGCAUAGAUGAACUUGAGGAACAGGUGGUUGUGGUACCACCUGUUAUUGAAUCAUUACCUUCAACCUCGAUUGCCCCUAGCCAACAAGAAAAUGAAAUUAACAAUAUCACACCACGAAAGCCUAUAGACUCCAUUAAGGAAAAUAUAAGAAGGGCAGACCGAACAAAAUGUUGUUGCAAUCCAGCUUUACUAUACAACAUUCAGGCAUUACUUAUCGAAAUCAAUAACAAGCUGAACAGUGUACCUAGGAAAGCUGAGGAAAAUGAAGAAAAUAUCAUUCGGAAAUCCGGAAUUAGUUUUCCUAUGGAAACUAUUCAGGAAUUCGACAAAUUUGAGAAAUUCUUUUCGGCAAGAGAAAAUUAUUUAGCUUUGGUUGGAUUUUUCUCAUCUAUUGGAGGAGCUAAUUUAUAUGAAUUUGUACGUAGAUGCCUUGCUCCUCUACUAUGGGAUGGAUUAUCGGAACAGUUUUCCUUCUUUGGAAAAAAAGGAAAUCUUUCCUUUGGGGAUAAAAAUUUGGCAAAAAUAAAGCCGCUGAAAAAGGUGGACAUGCAAAAAAUAAAAAGGAAGUUGAGCAGAAACUGGGGGAUUGGCUGCGAAGAUCUAAGGAACGACGCAUUCGGGCAGAACAUAAACGUGCAACAAAAAAAUAAGAAUUUAGGUAUGGAGAAGCGUGAAGGCAAUCCUGUUGAGAGAUUCGUUGGGUUUAAACCGCUACGUGGCCAUUUGAGUGCUGACAUCGAGGAAGAUGUUUUGGAAGCAUUAAAAGACAUGGAACUCGAUAUCAAAAACUGUCGCGGCCAAAGCUACGAUAAUGCAGCGAACAUGUCAGGGCGUUACAAGGGUCUCCAGGCGAGGAUUAGAGAACACACAGAUGAAGAAUUCUACGUUACUCCCUUAACUUGGUUCUGA